AUGAAGCCAACAUCACCACUUUCACUAUUACUUUUUAUUCGUCUCGCGACCUCAUCUCCACUGCCUCUCUCACACAAAACGCUCUCCUCAACAUCAUGUGAAUACGGAUCAUGUAGAGAAGCGCUUCGCUCAGUCGACGGACCAAAUACCCCGCCAACAAGACUCGCCGAACCACAUUUCCCAGACCACCAACUCGAUCAUGAAGACCUCAUAAUCGACAACCAUCCCAUCACACCAACCUCAAAAUCCACCUACCUCGACACACUCACAGCCGAACGACCUCUAUCCUCUGCAUUCCUCCUCUCUCUCGCCCACCCCCCAACAAAAGACGAAACCACAGACGCCCUCCCCGCGCGUCCAACCAGCGACCUCACCCUCCUCCGUGAACAAGACACAGCACGCUACCUCGAAUCCAUAAGCUCCUCCGCCCCAGCAAUUUGGUCCGACACACCCAGCACCACCAUCGAAAUCACCAUCUCCGAAGCCCCUCCCACCGCACCCUGCGGCCACACGCCCUACACCCCCCUCAAAACCUACCUCGUGCGGCAACAAGCAACCUACGUGGUGCGCGAAUACAGCGACGUGCUGGUCGUCGGCGUGGUCAUUCUCUUCCUCAUCACAGUCCUGUGCGUCGAGGCGGUCGAGAAAUUCGGUAGUUUACGCGCAAUCUUCGCACGCAAACACGGCGCCAUCUACCUCUCGGAAAACCCAGAUGCGAAAAAUACCGCACCUUCAAACCCCGGAUUCGGGUGCCUGAAAACCGCCCCGCUAUCACGAAAGGCUUAG